AUGGAAUUAAAAGAUAAUGAAAAAUUCCUCAAUAAUUCCAAUGCUCAGCCUCUGACCUUCUUCCUGACGGGUAUUCCAGACCUGAAAGCUGCCCAGGUCUGGAUCUUCAUCCCUUUUUGCCUCCUGUAUAUCAUCGCCCUCUCUGGGAACAGCAUGAUCCUGUUUGUGGUCCUCCGUGAGCCGAGUCUUCAUGAACCCAUGUAUUAUUUCCUCUCUAUGCUUUCAGCCACGGACUUGGGCUUGUCCUUGUGCACACUUUCCACUACUCUUGGUGUCUUCUGGUUAGAAGCCCGGGAGAUCAAUUUAAAUGCCUGCAUUGCACAGAUGUUCUUUCUUCAUGGAUUUACUUUUAUGGAGUCUGGAGUUCUGUUAGCCAUGGCCUUUGAUCGUUUUGUGGCCAUUUGUGACCCACUGCGGUACACUACCAUCCUCACCAAUGCUAGGAUUGCCCAGAUCGGGAUGAGCAUGCUGAUAAGGAAUGUUGCUGUCAUGUUACCAGUUGUGCUCUUUGUCAAGAGAUUAUCCUUCUGCAGGUCUACGGUUCUUUCUCAUUCUUACUGCUACCAUGUUAAUGUCAUUCAACUCUCAUGUACGGAUAACAGAAUCAACAGUAUUCUUGGUUUAUUUGCACUCUUCUCCACAACAGGAUUUGACUGCCCUUGCAUCCUGCUCUCCUAUGUCUUGAUCAUCCGAUCUGUUCUCAGCAUUGCUUCCUCAGAGGAGCAGAAGAAAGCCUUCAACACCUGCAUAUCCCACAUCAGUGCUGUUGCCAUCUUCUACAUUCCCCUCAUCAGUUUGUCUCUUGUCCAUCGCUAUGGUCAUUCAGCACCUCCAUUUGUCCACACUAUCAUGGCCAAUGUUUUCCUGCUAAUACCUCCUGUGCUCAAUCCUAUUAUCUACAGUGUGAAGACUAAGCAGAUUCGCAAGGCUAUUAGGAAGGUCUUAAUUCAGAAGCAGAUACCCUUAGUGAAAAACACUGAUGAAGCAACUGAAGUAAUUAUUGUCACGGAAGUAGGCGUCUAUUCAUUCUCAGGAGGAUUUGCCUAUGCUAGUGAAGAGUAUGGGAAUACAAAUAAGGAUAUGAAUCUCCAGCAGUGCUGUAGCAGAGAAGAUGAAGAACUUGCAAAAUUUUAG